GUGAUUUACCCACGUGCAUGAUGUCAUAGCGUCACGAGAACAUAGUGUUCUUUAAAAAAUAUAUCUAAUUUUGAAAGUUUUAAAAUUCGCUCUUAGUUGUUACAUUAAUAACCAACAAAAGACUGAUUUAGAUAUAACUAAGAUAAAAUAACUGCUUUAACUGAGAAUGGAUACGUGUGUUUUGAUUCCGGAGGAGUUCAGCUUGGUUCUUACUCUACAUCCGAACCCAAAGAACAUUUUAGAAAUGAAUGUUGCUUUAUGGAGCAACAAGACGUUGCCACAAGGGACUCGGUUCUACCCAGACCAGGGGACUGUCAGGCUUGAUAAGCUGGAAGUCUACUCUAAACUGACAGAAGAUGAUGUGCGAAACGAGUAUGGCUGCGAAGACACGAUUUCUGUUAUUGAAGGCCGGGAUGUACGUCACUGUAACUGGAUACGUUUUCUGAAAACUUCUGACGUAAUAGAUGACGUCAACGUCGUCGGCGUCAAGAUAAAGGGCGAAGUCGUAUUUCAAACAGUCAAAACCAUUUUACCAAAUGAGGAAAUCGUAGCGUUCCUACAGCGAGCAGACGAUAAUGUAGAGAUAGAGGAAGUACUCAAAACAACUUCAGAGAAUGUUACACCUGAUUUAAGUAAAGUAAAAGUAGAGAUGGACGUGACACCAGUUUCUCCGGUACCAUUUCCAGGUGCACGAGACCUGAUGACGUCACCACCUUCCCGAGAAGAUGACUGCAAGUCCAGUGUGAGUGAUGCUACACACAGUGGAGAUGAAACGAGUCCAAUGUCCAACUUGACCGGUACUCCCGAAACGGAAAGAUACUCCGAUCCUGACUUGUCACCCCACCACAGUACGUCGUACCCCCACCAGAUGUCGCCUCUUAAUCUGACGUCAUACAGCACGCCGUCCAAAUCAAGCUCUUCUGCUUUCACAUCACCCCUAACAUCAAGUUCCCGAUCCCCACUGACGUCACCAAAUAGCAUGUCGUCACCAGUGUCAUCCCAUGCUGACCACACCACAUCACCGUCCGAUAACAGUUACCGUCCAAAACGUAACCGAGAGCGCACGUGGCUCCCGUGUGAAGUUUGUGGGAAGAAGUUUGAUCGUCCAUCAUUGUUGAAACGUCACAUGAGAACACACACAGGAGAGAAGCCCCACGCCUGUGACGUCUGUGGUAAAGCGUUCUCUACGUCAUCCUCCCUGAACACGCACCGACGUAUUCAUAGCGGAGAAAAACCACACCAGUGUGGGAUAUGUGGUAAACGAUUCACAGCAAGUUCCAACUUAUACUAUCACAAGAUGACCCACAACAAGGACAAACCUCAUAAGUGUCAAAUGUGUUCUAAGUCAUUCCCUACUCCCGGAGAUCUAAGAUCGCACAUGUAUGUACACAAUGGUUCCUGGCCGUUCAGAUGUGAUGUAUGUAACCGGGGAUUCAGCAAACAAACCAAUCUGAAGAACCAUCUCCUCCUCCAUACCGGUGAUAAACCCCACGAAUGUCCAACAUGCGAGAAGAAGUUCGCCCUGUAUUGCAACCUGAAGACGCAUCUUAAGACACACGAAGAUGAUAACCAAGGUAGUUGUAUGGAUUGUGGUAGAACAUUCCUGAAGAAAGAUGGCGUCACAUCCGACAAGUGCUCCGAUUGCAGACGAUCUCCCUCCCCGAAAACAUCACAGUCCAGUACGAAAAAGCUUAGUGACUUUAGCAUAUCAAAACUAACAAAUGAUGAAAACACUGUGUCCACAACCACCAAAAGUCCCCCCAAACCAACAGACAUUUAUGACCCUAGAUUAUUUCCCUUCUACAAUCCUAUGAUGUUGAUGACCCCGCCCUCUUCAAGGUAUCUGGGCAGCGAUCACAUUCCAGUCGGUUACUUACCUGUUUUUGGAGGAAUGAGUGUACCGGAAGCUCGAUAUGCGCAGUCAUUAGGUGGUUUUGUUCCAAGAUUUAGUCAGACUCUACCGUUACCGGAAGCAGCAUACCAGUCGCACGCAGCAAUGACGUCACUUAGACACCCAGACUACUCCGGACUCAUCGCCAAAUGAAACUAAUUACAUAUUGAAAAAGACAAUUGAGAUGUGCUAUUUGAAUUAUAAUUAUAACUGUGAUUUAAACUACAGCAAAUGAACUGAUGAUUAUCUGUGUUAAUGAAAUAUUCGACAUGCCAACUGUGACAUAUGUAUAGAUGUACAUAUUUGUAUAUACAUUGUAAGAACUGUUGUUAAAGUGUUUAUCUUGUAUUUGACUACAUAUACAUAUUAUGAAACAU